UUGUCCAAUUCCACUAUUUCCUUCCUGGAGGUUGAAGAUGCCGGGCCUUACAAUCGGCGAUACAAUACCCAAUAUUCAAGCUGAUAGCACCCAUGGAAAGAUCAGUCUACAUGAUUACAUCGGUGGUAGCUGGGCCAUUAUCUUCUCUCACCCCGGUGAUUUCACCCCAGUUUGUACGACGGAGCUAGGGAUGAUGGCUGCUCAAGCAGAGGAGUUCAGUAGACGUGGUGUAAAGCUUAUAGGAUUGUCUUGCGAUAAUGUUCAAUCUCAUACCGAGUGGAUCAAAGAUAUCGAAGCCUACAAUAAAGGAAAAAAAGUCUCAUAUCCAAUACUGGCGGAUCCAAAGCGGGAGAUUAUUAAGGAACUGAAUAUGGUCGACCCCGAUGAGACUUUCUUGUCGGGUAGUCCAGUGCCAUCGCGGGCAUUGCACAUCAUCGGUCCGGACAAGAAAGUGAAGCUGAGCUUCUUAUACCCAGCAAGUACUGGGAGGAACUUGGAGGAAGUGGUGAGGGUUUUGGAGUCCUUGCAAAAGGCUGCAAAGCACAAGGUGGCAACUCCGGUGAACUGGAAACCGGGGGACAAGUGCGUGAUUGCGCCGAGUGUGAGUAAUGAGCAGGCCAAGCAAAUGUUCCCUGAAGGCUUUGAAACUGUGGAGCUUCCAUCAAAGAAGGAAUACUUGCGUUUCACUGCUGUGUGAAGGCCGUCACGGUAAUGAGAUUCUAUGUGUAGUUUGAAUGAAUGAAUGAUCAAAAGUGGUAACUAUGUUGUUCUCUCUGUGUAUAAGAUGAUGAAAAGCAAUAGCUAUGUAUGUAUGGUUUUUGCAGUUAUGUAUCCUCUGGCCUCUACCAAAAUGCUUUUACGUAAUAAUAAGUUUUGAAUCUGAAAUCAA